AUGCGGCCCUGUCUUCUGUCUCAGGUUUGGUUCACAACUUACGCUUGUCGUAUCAUCUCCCUCACCAUAAACAAGUGCAUGGCCUACAAUUGUACCACCCUUGCUACAUCAUCCUAUGGCGACCACUGGCGCAAACUUCGCCGCAUAUUCACGCUUGAGGUGCUAUCAUCUAAUCAAUUAAACAUGUCAACAGGAAUUCGGAAAGAUGAAAUCAAAAUUCUACUACGCAAGUUAUAUCAUAUUUCAGGAUAUGAGUUCAGCAAAAUAGAUUUAAGACCAUUGUUUUCAGGGCUGACAUUUAAUAUCACGAGGAUGAUUUCAGGGAAAGGAUAUUACGGUGAAGAAGUGGCUGGUACCGAACAAGCGAAGCAAUUUGGGGAACUUAUAGAAGAAGUUUUCUCUUAUGCAGGUGUGUCGUAUGCAGGGGAAUUUUUGCCUAUUUUUCAACAUAGAAGGAGCAGGAGAGAUUCAGAAAGUGGAAACUCUAUGAUCGACCAUUUGCUUUCCUUGCAAGAAUCACAGCCCGAAUGCUAUACAGAUGAAACUAUUAAAGGCCUUGCAUUGAGUAUAGUAACAGCAGGAAGUCAUACAUCUGCAAUAACAAUGGAAUGGGCAAUGUCUAAUUUGCUUAAUCAUCCUGAUGUUUUGAAGAAGGUUGGAGCCGAGUUAGAUGCUUUUCUUGGCUCUAGACAAUUAUUAGAUGAGACUGAUCUUCCCAAACUACAGUACCUGGAAAAUACUAUUGCCGAGACCCUCCGAUUAUAA